AUGCGUUCGUUGUUUAAGUCUAGGUGCUGGUACAGGGCCACUUGGUGCCUUGGCCAUUGCAAGUUCGCCAGGAUUCUCCUUGAAAUGGGUGGUGUCUCUGGCGAGCCACUUGUCAAUAACUUCAAGAUCCCCUCCUGGGCUGCCAAACCACCAGCAGGUGUACAUCUAGAUGUCAUGAAGGAUGGCAAGCUCAUUCAGAAGUUAAUGAUGGAUGAUAAAUCAUGCUACUUCUUUGGACGCAAUCGUCAGCUUUGUGAUUUUGCCAUCGACCAUCAGUCGUGUUCUCGUAUUCACGCUGCUUUAGUGUGGCAUAAGAACCUAAAUCGUGCGUUCCUCAUCGAUCUUGGAAGUGUUCAUGGAACUUUUAUCGGGCGAAUCAAACUCGAACCGGAGCGCCCACAACAGGUUCCUGUUGACUCGGAGAUUCACUUUGGGGCCUCUACGCGGGUCUACAUAAUUCGCGAACGUCCAAAUCCAAUUAUAAACUCUUCCACUGCCGAGGCAGACAGGUUGAUAAAGGAGGCUGCAGAUGCCACCGGCAACGCCAACAAGCUCCCACAGAGCGAGGUCGAACUGGAUAAUCUGACUCAGUUUAAUACGGCUCAUAAUCGCCGAAUUGCUGUGAGCGAUAUGCAGCCACCCACCGUGUCAGCCGUACAAAGAGGCCGGCGGAACUCACUUAAUCAGCGCCACAGUGUUCACUUCAGUGACAUUGAAGAGGUGAUCAAUCCUGAGGACGUGGACCCCUCCAUCGGUCGCUUCCGGAAUCUCGUUCAGGAAACUUUCAUUCCCAAUAAGGCAAGACUAGUUCCCGGCGCGGAUAAGCACGAGGGAGCGGAUAUUGGUAUUGCUGCACCCAAGCCUAGCCUAACCCCACCUACAUCUUCCAACACCGAAACUGCCACAAAUCAAUCGACUCGUUCGGCAGCUGCAGUGAGCAACCCUAGCUUUACCUUGGCCGCAAAACUGGGUUUACCAAUGCCGAAUUUAGCGCCCGAAAUCGAUUCAGUGGAACCACAAACCGCAUCCCUGUUGCACCGACUACCGACAAUGGCGGCGACGCGCCUUUCAGCGGAGGACAUUUUAGGCGGACCGCUUCCAGGACCCAAGGAAGAAGGCACCACUGGUGCGAAGCGAUCUGCCACCGCCUCCUCUAUGGGUGAAGAGGCCGAGAGCUCAGCACCAAAGAAGAAAAAGUACGCCAAGGAGGCGUGGCCCGGUAAGCGACCGGGAUUCCUUGUGGGUCCCUCGGUCGCAUGA